AUGGAAGACGUCGUUAUCCCAUUAUUUUUCAACUCUUUUCUUUACCUACCCAAGGAUCCAGAUAUUCGCAAUGGCUUCAUGGAGAUAUUGCCUGAGAUGUUCUCCAAAGCUGGCAUUGGAUCCCAUCUACAUACCAGCACAUUGGCCGUUGCUUUCUUUACGGUAGCAGCUUGGACAGGGCAAGAUUCUUUGCUAAGGUCUUCGCAACAAUUCUUCACUCAGGCUUUGCCGAAAAUCAGAGAGACCUUAUUCUCUAAUGAUGCAAAUGAAUACGAGGAUGUCCUGAUGUCUAUUCUUAUGCUGUCAACGUACGAGGAAUUUCUUUCCAUGAGAGAUUGGAAAAUGCCAAUGAAAGACCAUUUGAAAGGUGCCAUAGCAUUUGUCAAUAGUCGGAAACCCGCGAGAAUCCAGGGUCCAUCCUCGUCGAUUUUACAUAAUGCUGUUCAAGCUCAAAUUAUUAAAACUACCCGUGGCCUGGAGACUCCAAUGGUCCCAAUACCAAAAGUUUGGCCGCUUUCUCUCCCCAAGACACCUCCUUCUCCUCGUGUUUUUCUUUCUCUUGCCUCUGCAGAGACAGUAAGCCUUCGCCAGUCAUGGGAGAAAUUGAAAGCUGAAGACCUCAACGAGACAGAAGUCAAAUCAUUCCUGGACAAAGCAACGCAAAUAGACACGAACCUGGUAUCGUGGACUUACCUGAUCCCGGAACACUGGAAUUCCGUCCCUGCAACUAUCAUACCCAAGUCCGUUCGUGAAGCCGGCCUAUAUCUUCACCGCUGCGACUGCUACACAGACAUGUGGGUAGCCACAACAUGGAAUACCUACCGCGAUUGCCGCAUUCUGGUGCAGAGCAUCAUGCUCGAAUGUCUCCGCCUCUUCCCUGCCAGUGAUCCCGAUGGAAGCAAAGCAGCUGCUAUACAAUUGACCAUCAACAAGAUGGCCGAUGACGUUUGUGCGUCUGUGCCUUACUACUUGGGUAGCCAGACUGAAUCGGUGCGAUUAAAACAAGAUCUAAUUACGUACCCUUUUGCCGAGUCACGACCGGUCACCCAUACACACAGGCAAUCUGCUCCCUUGGCGGAGCAGAUUAGCUGGGUCGCAAAACAGACGAAUCGGGCUAUGGUGAUCUAUUUUCAACGAUGA